AAAAAUGAUUGCAUUAAUAUUUCCAUAAGUACGACAAAAAUAGCUUAUUAUAUUAUUUUGAGCUAGGGAAUAACAGAAAAUGACAAGCUGUUUCGAAAAGUUCUACAAUGUGGUUGAAGAGAAAAUGGGAUCUGUGUUUACAAAGUAUGGGAAAUUCGUUUCACGGCAUCCGUGGAAAGUUAUCCUAGUGACUGUUCUAGUGAAUGGCCUUCUUGGAUUGGGAAUGAUCCGACUAAAUGUUGUCGUAGAUGUUGAACGUGUCUACACACCAAUCGGAAGUCAAGCGAGUAAAGACAGCACCAAAGUAAAAAAUUUAUUUCCUGAUUUGAGUGGUUCGAACUUUAUAGGUUAUCAAAUGCCUGAUAUGGGCAAAUAUGCUGAAAUAAUAGUUAUACCGAACGGAGGAAAUAUCCUGAAUGAACGAUUUCUAAAAGCAUUGCAAGUUUUCCAUACAUUUUUACUUUCUAUUGAAACAAAUGAUAUCAAUGGAAACACUGUUAAACUAAGUGACAUUUGUGCUAUAAGUUUUGGAAAAUGUGUAAUUGACGGAGAUCUUUUUGUUGACAAUCAAUUCAUUAAUAUUCUAAAUACAAGUAAUGCAAUUUCUUUUCCGUAUUUUAAUCACACUGUAAGAGGGCCCAUUUACUACGAGCAGAAUGUUGGUGGUGCAAUUGUCAACUCCUCCCAGCUUCAAUUAGCCAGUAUGCUUUUAUUGAGAGUAAAUCUCAGAACUGAUUCGUCGUACUUUACUGAAACAGCUAAAAAAUGGCAAAAGAAUUUUGUUUCAAAGAUGAAAGUCUAUUCUUCAAGUGACUUUAAUAUCGCCUUUGCCCAUUCCGAGUCUUUGAGUGAAGAACUUAAUGAAAACGUUAUGGGUGAUAUCACAGUAUUUUCAAUAACAUUUACUUUAAUGAUAACCUAUGCCUGUGUAGCAACACUAACAGCUCGUUGUGAUGUUGUCGGCCAAAGGUCAAACUUGGGUUUCGCAGGAGUAGUAGCCGCUGGCUUAGCUAUCGUAGCAGCAUUUGGAUUAUGCAGUGCAUGUGGAGUCGAAUUUGUCAGUAUUGUUGGGGUUAUUCCAUUUUUAAUCAUAGGUAUAGGAGUAGACGAUAUGUUUAUGUUAAUAUCCGGAAUCACAAACACGGACUAUUCAUCAUCAACCGAAGAUCGUAUUGGUGAAACUAUGAAAACGAGUGGUAUUUCAAUCACAAUUACUUCUCUGACAGACCUGUUGGCAUUUGCAGCUGGGGCUUCUUCAGUAUUUCUAAGCGUGCGGAACUUUUGUAUUUAUGCCGGUGUUGCCGUUAUUUUCUGCUAUAUAAAUCAAGCGACCAUCUUUCUUGCUAGUAUAGUCAUCAACGAAAACAGAACAAACAACAACCGGCACUUUUUGACAUGCAUGAGAGUAAACAGUCCUGAUAAAGACAGCACAAAAGAAACUUCUUGCAAAAUCGUUUGUUGUACAGGCAGAAAACCAAACAAUUCGAAAGAAUCUGAGAGCUUUUUAGAUAAAUUUCCCGGCUGGAUUUUACCAAAGAUAAUAUCGAUCCCAGCUAAAAUUAUAAUUCUUAUUUUGUUUGCUAUCUAUUUAUCAGUAUCUAUUUGGGGUAUAACUCUCAUGAAGGAGGGGCUAGAAAUGCGAAAUCUUGUAUCACAAACGUCAUACUAUUAUGAAUAUAGAAAACUACUAGAUGAAAAAUUUCCACUAGGAACACCUGUUUCCUUUGUUUUUAACAAACCUUUGAAGUAUUCUGACUUAAACGUGCAGCAAAAAGUAAACGAUAUAUUGUCUUUAGUGAAAUCAGAGCAGACAGUUCUUGAUUCUGUAGAGGUAAACUGGCUUUCAGAAUAUAAAGCUGACAAAUCAAAUUUUAAUGCCUCGUCAGAAAUUGAGUUUAUUAAAGGUUUUCAAGGGUUUCUGAAUAAUAGUAGUAAUACGCGUUUUCGCAAUGACGUUGUCAUCGACAAGAAUAAUAUCUCUAUCGUUGCGUCUCGUGUCCAUGUUAUGUCGAAAAGCAUUAAAGACUCCCAGGCCCAAGGAAAGUUCAUGGAACGUAUGAGGGAGCUGUCAUCAGACCGAACAGACCUACCAGUCUUUGCCUUUUCACCAGCCUUUCUGUUUUACGAACAAUAUGUCGUAAUUUUAACUCAGACAAUUCAGACACUUGGUAUAGCUGUUGCUAUGGUUUUCUUCAUAACAUUCAUAUUCAUGCCACACCCACUACUUCUUUUGUACAUCACAACAACUGUUGCCAUGAUCACUGUUGGAAUCUUUGCAUCUCUUCCGUUUUUAGAUUUGACUCUAAGUUCUAUAACAAUGAUCCAUAUCAUUAUGAGUAUUGGCUUUUCCGUUGACUUUGCGGCUCACAUAUGUCAUGGUUAUAUGAUAUCGGAAGGCCCUGAUAGGAACGAACGCAUGAAAUCUGGCUUGAAAAGGUCAGGAACUCCAAUAUUUCAUGGAGCUAUUUCUUCUAUUUUAGGAGUUAUCGUUUUGGCAGCCGCAAAGUCUUAUAUAUUCUUUUCGUUCUUCAAAGUCAUGAUUGUUGUUAUUACUGUUGGAAUUAUGCAUGCCCUUUUUCUAUUACCUGUGAUACUUUCUCUCAUUGGACCUCCAAUUUCGAACGCAACGGUUUCCCCAAAAAAUGAAACGCGUUCUCCUACUGAUAAUCAUAAAUGGCAGGACAUUGCUUUAGCAAGUAACGUACAUAUACCGCGUGCACAUACUGGCAAGAUUACAGAAAGGGAGAAAAUAACGUGAUUUAUUUACACAUUUUACUAAAAUAUUUUAAAGGUAUUACUGUGUUGUAUGAGACAUGAAGAGAACCAUAAUAGACACGUAUAUCUAGUGAACUCUGUAAUACGCAUUCGUUUGUUAUAUUUAUUGUACAUUAGUGUGUUUGAAAAAGAUAUCGAAGGAAAAUGAAUAAUUUGAACAACCUUUUUAUUGUAUAAAAUUGAUACGUUUUUGUAUGAUAUUCUUACGUAAACUUUUGUGUAUCAUUUUUCAGUUCAUAUUUUACCUCAUUAUACAUUUAGUAACACCAACAUACGAUAAUACGUACAUAAAUUAUGUGAUAGUUGUAUUUGCAAUGACCUUUACAUUGUUUUCAAACAUGCAUUGUCCAUAAAUGCAGGACUAUUUCACAUAAUGACUUUGGUGGCGUUAAUUUCUUCACGUUCAAAUAUUAAAUAUCUAAACAUUGAGUGUUGUUUUGAAGUUAGUGGUUUCUUUAAAUUAUUGCGUGUCACACAAUACCUUUUUGCAUGAGUAAAUCAAUGUUUUAAAUAAUUAUUUGGCGCUAAUUCAUACUAUUUAUUGUCUUUAAUUUUUUUAAUUUUAACAAAUAGGAUUUUAAAAAUAACAGUAGUAAGCGGUUUUUUCUUGUUGUAUUGUUGGUGUUGUUGUUGUUGUCUGUAGUUGUUAUGCUAUGGUGAAACUUACGAACUAAUUCUAUGUUAACAUUAAACUAAAUAAACAGAA